GUCCGAUGGACAAGUCCGAAGGCCCGGCAUCAGGCCCGGCCAUCAUCCUCCGGAGGCAGCAAAAUGCCCUGGUGCGACGAGACAUGGAAGAAAAAAAAAUCAACUCUGGGGAUCACUAGGACUCACCUGCUGUUUCGUCGGCGAGCAAAAGUAAAAAAGAGAAACCUGAGCGAACUUGAAGGACGCCAAUUUCUGUAUUUCUGUAUUUGCCCUUUCUGGUCAGCCCAUCCCCUUUUUCAAACAAGAGCAAUGCCCGGCCGGAACAUGAAGCGGCCGGCGGGAUCAAUGUCGCACCCCCAUGUGAACUCGGCCUCGGACUCGGUUCCAGCUCCGGCCACGACUCCCGCAUUGGAGCUAUUAGCCUGUGUCAUAUGUAGGGACAAGAAGCUGCGGUGCGGCCGCGAAGGCGGGGCCUGCGCCCGCUGCGCCAAGGCCGGCAUCGAGUGUGUCUACCCGGAAUCGCGGAGAAAGGUGACCGUCAGGCGGAACAACGCUCAGGCGUUGGAGGCCCGUCUAGCCCAAGUUGAGGGUAUGCUCAGGGACACGGCCAAGUCCAAGCGCCCGGCAGAGACGAGAGCAAAACCCGACGCAUCCGGGGAUAACACCAGGGAUAUCCAGCAAGAUGAGAUACCCAGCCAAGCCUUUGACGACCUCGCAGAUGACGGCUUCUUCCCGCAGCAGCCGGAGUCUGAUAUGGGGCUCGGCCUUGAUGAUUUUCCCGGCCAUGGAGGACCCUCGGGCUUCGGCAGCGACCUGGCCGCUGACGACAACAUGUUUGACGCGCAGCUGAUGGGCCAGGGAAUGUUCGAGUCGACACCGCCCUUUGAGAUGAUUGAGGAUCUACACAACUGGUACUUCUUCAACCAGCAGGACAUCGUGCCCAUGCUGCACCAGGCGCGCUACCUCCAGGCCUUCCACUCGGCGCCCCAUAUGCGGCCGCCCAUGUGCCUGCAGUACGCCCUGUGGGCCGUCGCCGCCAACGGGCACCCCCGGUACCAGAGCUACUGCGACGUCUUUUACCGGAGGGCGCGUCAGUAUCUCGAGGCCGACGAGCUCAGGGGGGUCGGCGAGCACUUCAUCACGGUGCCUCACGCGCAGGCCUGGAUAUUCGUGGCAACGUACGAGGCGCGAUCCCUGAUGCUGGCGCGGGCCGCCAUGAGCUGCGCGCGCGCCGUCAGGCUCUGCAACCUCAUGGGCCUCCACCGGCUGGACGACCCCGAGUACGAGAUGCAGAUGAUGCCGACGAUACUGCCGGCCCAGAGCUGGCUCGAGCUUGAGGAGCGCCGGAGGACGUUUUGGGCGGCCUUUUGCGUCAACAGCCACGUGUCCAUCUACUCUGGGUGGCCCGGCAUCAUCGACACAACCACGAUCUCCACCGACCUCCCUUGCCCCGAGGACGCGUACGAGCGGGGGCGGGAGGAGCAGAAGAUGGGCAAGCUCCCGAGCCUGUUCACCGACGGCAAGAUGACCUACUCGCCGCUGUGCAGCGCCGUGGGCGUCUGCCACAUCUUCAACCUGAUCCUGGCGCACGUGAACCGGGCGCGGGCCGGCGACGGCGGCGGCGACCUCGAGCACGGCGCCUUCUGGCGGCGGCACCGCGAGAUCGACAACCUGCUACUGGGCGGCUUCAUGUCGCUGCCCGCGUGCCGGUCGCGGCCCUGCGCCGGCGCCAGCAACCACCCGCACCACCGGCGCCGGCCGGGCCACCUGGACUGGCAGCUGGGCGGGCCCAUGCACGUUCGCCUCAACCUGCACGCCUCCGUCAUCUGCCUGCACAUGGCCGCCAUCGACCGCGCCGAGGCCCACGGGCUGGCCGCCGACUCGACGUCGAGCCAGUGGGCGGUCGUCGCCAGCAGGAGCCGCGGGCCCGGCUUCGUCGAGGACGACGGCGGCGGCGACGGGCCGGCUAGCGGCGCAACUACUGCGGCGGCGGCGGCGGCGGCGGCGACGCCAUCAACAGUCCCGUCUGGCUCGUUCGCGCAGCAGUCGCUCUCUCCCCCCAACGGGGACCAUGUCGGCGGCAAGAGAAGGCGACUUGACGCGCGUCAGGGCAGGAGCCCCCAGACGGCGCCGGACCUGACAACGACCACGGCGGCUCUUCCACACCGAGGCAGCCCCUCGGGCAGUGGCUGCGGCGGGCUGGGGAACCUGGGAUCCGGCCUCGACGCAUACUGCAUCCUGGACGAUGGCGGGUUGGGCUGGACCGAGGCGGACAUGGACGCACUUGUGCGGGAGUUUGUGCAGGUGAACCAAGAUGCCGGCGACGCUGAGGUGGCGAGCAAUGGGGGUCAGCCGUGGGGAGCAUUCAACUUUUAG